AUGCAUCGCGACGCGUAUGGCCACGGUAGACGGGAGGGAGUAGCUCAUUGGCAAGGUUCCGCGGCCGGGCCUAACCGUGGGGGAGCGCAGGGCCAUGGUGGAGCGGAAGGCACGGAGCACGGACAGGAGGGGGCGGGUGAGUUAGAGGUUGAGGGGGGCCACGUGCAGGAGUAUCUGUCGUCUCGUUACCACCGUCGCACGGUUUCGCAGCCCAAUCUGGACGCGCUCGUUUCGCGCCAGCAGCAGCAACAGCAGCACCAGCAGCAGCAGCGACCGAGGGGAAUCGUUUCCAGUCCGCCGCACGAAGCGUCGCCGUUCCUGCGCCGUUCCACCACCUACACCACGCCGUUCCCCGUCUCCUCGUCUGCUCCGCCUGCGCCUGCUGCCGCGGCUGCAGCGCUCGCGGCUACGCUUGAGCGGGGCUCCCUCGCGCUCUCGCGCGCCCGCGAUCGACUGCCACCCCCGCUGAACCUUCCGCUAACACUCUCAGCCUCGUCGUUUGUUCCAGCGUCCCCCGCGUCGUAUUCCCCCGCCGCCGUGUUGAAUGACGCGCGGGAGGGGAGAGUCCUCAGCAGCAGCCACGACGGGCGGAUGGGUAUGAGCAGUGGCAGCGGCGGCAGGGGAACGCCGUUCACCGCCGCGGCAGUAGCGGCAUUGGUGGCGCGGGAAGGCCUGGGAGGACCUGCGGGGGGCGGAAGCUGCGGCGGAAGCCCGCGGUCGUUGAUAUCGCCGCAAAUGCAGCACAUGGCGGGAUCGCCCAAGUUCCAGGUGGUUUCCCCGCGAUUGCAAGGUGCCAUGCACCGGCUGCUCAUGGCGCAAUCCGACCUCACCCCGCGCCUCCCCGCCGAUGCCAUCACCUCCGCGGUCGCCGCUCCUGUGAGCGCCAACGGAGCGAGCGGCGGCGGGGGUGUGGGUGUGGGUGCGGACGCGGGGACGAUAAGGACCGGGCGAUCGCCGUCGUCACAGUUUUGGGAUCGUGCGGAGGGGGAGCCGAUCUUUGACAAGGGCUCGAGGGGGCUUUUCAGCGCCAAGCGCAGGUCGGGCGGGCGCGUUGGAGCCGGGGGAGGCGGAGGCGGAGGCAAUGCAGGCGGCGCAGGGGCGUCUGCGGGCGCGUAUGACGUGGAAGCGGAUCAGUUUCCGCGGCACAGCAGAUCGCACUCGCACUCAUAUUUAAGCCCUUUCCGCAGCGCGCAACCCUCCCCUUCCCCGCUUUCCCCCAUCUCCGCCCAGCAUGACUGCUCCCCGCCGACCCCCCGCAAUCGCCACAAGCGCGGGCCGUCGGAGGCCUCCGUGCUCCCCAUUUCCGCCACGUAUUUGCGCGCGACCCCGCCCACGCUCUCCCCCGCUGGGUUGAUUUCCCCCGCGGCCGCAGGCGCAAGCUUGCGCCCGCGUUUCCUCUCGAGCGGGUCCCUCCCUUCCCCCGCCCUCUCCGCCACGGGUGUCGAGCUCUCCUUCCGCCGCACGCCCUCCCCCGCUCCUUCCCCCGCCUCCGUAGCUUCCGCUCUCUCCGCUCCACUCCGCUCCCCUCCGGGACUUUCCGCGGCUUCCGCCAGCGGCGGAGCAGCAUCUGUCGGAUCUGGCGGAAGCCCCGCCGCGGGCGCCGCCGCCGCGACCGCGCAAGGCUUUCUGAACCGGGACUUUUCGUUCGGGCGGCGGCCCGCGUCCGCUGGCGCGCGAACGAACUUUCUAGAGAGGUACGAGGCGGGGGGCGCAGGCGCGGGGGAAACAGCGGGGGGAGGCGGAAGCAGCAGAGGGUGGGCGCCCGGGCGGGUGAUCGGGGGCGCGGGGAAUGGGAGUCGGGGGAGGUGGAGUGAGAGCGAUGCAGGGUCGGAGGAGGGCGUGGGGGAGGCGGGGGGGAAGGCCGGGAGGGCCGGGGAAAGCGAAGGUGCAACAAGGCUGGGUAACGGGGGAGUCACAGGGGAGGAGAGACGCGAGGGGGUGAAUGAGAAGCAAGCGACGGGAGGGAAGAGGGGGAGUGGGAGGGCGGGUGGCGCCAGUGGUGGCGAGAGUGAUGGCGGCAGGGCGAGUGACGGUAAUAGCAGCAGCGCUGGGCCCCGUGCGGGCAGGAUUCGCAGCCCCAAUGGGAGCGGGCUGAUUGGCGAGGAGACGGUCAGACAUGCGGGGGCGCAUGAGGAAAGCCGGGGGGACAAGGAAGGGGAAGAGUCAAGGGAAGGAAGUGAGCGCAGGGUUGGUGGUGGCGGCAGUGGGCACAGGGGGCACUCCCACUCGUGGUGGUUUGCUUCCUCCUCGUCCUCGUCUCCAGCUACUGCUGCAGCACCCGGCGCUCCUGCCACCACCACCAGCGCCAGCAGCAACCACAACAACAUCAGCAGCAGCAACAGCGCGUCCGCUGCCCCGACCCUGCACGCUGCAGGCGGUUCCACGUCAGCGUCCACGUCAGCGUCCCCGUCAGCGUCCAGGUCAGCGUCGAGGUCCCUGUCUCUGUCGGACAGGGCGCGGAAAUCCGCGCGCAGCCUGGACCUGAGGCGGCUCUGGGUGCCCCCGGGGGGAGACGAGGGCGCGCAGGGGAAAGGGGAAGGUGCGCGCGGUGAGAAGAGCGGGCAGAGUGGGCAAAGUGGGGAAGGGGAUGGGUGCGUAUCCAAGGAGACGAAGGAGGAGGGAGAGAAGAAGGGGGCGUCAGGCGAGGAGGAGCGCGGGCUGCUGGGCAACGGGCUGACGGACCUGAAGCGGCGCUACGAGGUGGGCGAGCGCAUCGGCGAGGGGCGCAGCGGCGUAGUGGUGCGUGCGUGCGUGGAGCGCCGGUCGCGGCAGCGGUUCGCGUGCAAGUCGAUCGCCAAGAGCACGCUGGGGGACGCGAAGAAGGUGGAGGCGCUGCUGGUGGAGGUGGAUGUGAUGCAGCGCGUCAAGGGCCACCCUCACAUUGUCUCCCUGCAUGAGGCUCUGGAAGACGCUCAGGACGUGCACCUGGUGAUGGAGAUGUGCUCGGGGGGGGACCUGCUGUCGCACAUCAACAGUGCGCCGCACAUCUCGGAGCGGCAGGCGGCGUGUGUGACGCACAGCAUAGCGAGCGCGGUGGCGCUGUGCCACAGGCACGGCGUGUGCCACCGCGACCUCAAGCCCGAGAACGUGCUGCUCGCCUCCAAGGGCGGGCCCCUGGGGGACCUCCGUGUUGCUGACUUUGGCAUCUCCACGUUCGUGCAGCCCGGGCAGCGCAUGCGGGGGUACGCAGGGAGCCCGUUCUACAUCGCACCGGAGGUCCUAGAGGGGCGGUACGGGCUGGAGGUGGACGUGUGGAGCAUGGGCGUCAUCCUCUACACACUGCUCUCGCAGCGCCUGCCCUUCUGGCACAGCACCGACAUUGGCGUGUACCAGGCCAUUCUCAGGGGCGCCGUGGACACGCAGUCGGGCGCGUGGGUGCAUGUGAGCCGCGAGGCUGCCGGGCUGGUGCGGCGCAUGCUCUGCCUGGACGUGCAGGAACGGAUUACAGUGCAGGGGGUUCUUGAGCACCCGUGGGUACUCCAACACGUGAACGACACCACGCCCCUCCCCCAGCCCGCGCCCGACCUCCCCAACUGGAAGCUCAGCAAGCGCCGCCGCGCCAUCGCACGCUCCCGCGCGCGCAUCACCCCCUCCUUCCGCCUCCCCUCCUGCCUCACCCCCGCCGCCGAUGCCGACGUCAGCGGCAGCGGCAGUGGCGGCAGCAACGGCGGCAGCAUCAGGAGAGGCGGCGGGGGCGCGCUGAGCAGCAGGCGGGAAGGUGACUACUCCCCGCGUGACAACAACGGGGGUGGGUACUAUGAUGAGGAUGAGGAGGACGAGGAGGAUGCAGUGGUGACAGGGUUCAUACUCGCAGCGCCCCCAGGCGCCACUCCCACGGUGCCCCCUGCACUGAAUAAGGGCGAGGAGUUCCCCCAGCUCUCCGCUGCUCCACGCAUGCAGCCCCUCGCGCUGCUCUCCCCGUCCCCGCUCCCUGCUGCUUCUGCCGGCAAGCGCGUGGGCGUGAACGGGGGGAGCGGCGUUGGGGGAGGAGGUGGAGGAAGGGGGAGAGGGGAGGAUGUGGAAGGGGGAGGGGGGGAGGGGGAGAUGGUGAGCAUGCCGUCGUCAGUCCCAGCGCUGCUGCUGAGCUCCUCCCCAUCCAUGAAGCGCCUCCCACUCAAGUCCAAGGGGUCGCGCACGUAG